GUGGUGUCCACGCUCGAGUAGAUUUGACAACCUGCAGCCCUUCAGGAGGAAAUAAAAAAACAAAACUCUCGAAGCGAUGUUAGAGACUCGGCAUUCGAGGAUGGGCCUGAGGGCGUUACUGGCGCUGCUGGCGCUGGCGGCGACAUGUGAGGCCGUCAUCAAGUACCCGCCGAUGAUGACCAAACAGCCGCCCUCCAACGAGGAGCUGCUCUUCCAGGUGGCCUCCAGGCAAGAUGAGAAUGACAAGCCUUUCAUCAUCGAGUGCGAGGCCGAGGGAGAACCCGCCCCUAAGUACAGAUGGAUAAAGAACGGCAAAGCUUUUGACUGGCAGACAUAUGACAACCGAAUCUCUCAGCAACCUGGCAGAGGUACUCUUGUCAUCACUUCGCCCAGGGAUGAAGAUCUUGGUCAGUACCAGUGCUUUGCCACAAAUGAGAUGGGAACUGCCACUUCAAAUUCUGUGUUCGUGAGAAAGUCUGAACUCAACAACUUCAAGAAUGAAGAUCCUGUGACAAUACAAGUCAGUGAGGGAGAACCAGCCCAGCUUAAAUGCCAGCCCCCAGAUGGUUAUCCCAAACCCUAUGUAUAUUGGAUGAUCCAGGAUGACAGAGGUGCUUUACGUAGCAUUAAUUCUUCAAGAAUGACAGUAGAUCCAGAAGGCUCGCUGUUUUUCAGCAAUGUCACUCGGUUUGAUGAGUCAAAUGAUUUUACUUACGCUUGUUCAGCUACUUCUACAUUCCGUAAUGAGUACAAGUUAGGCAACAGAGUUUACCUCCGUGUAUAUCAGAGUGGAAGCACAGCAGUCCAAACGAAGAAUGAGCCAGAACAACAGUAUGUUUCUCGUAAAAAUACUGUAAUACUGAAAGGAAAGACUCUGCAGCUGUGGUGCAUCUUCAGUGGCACACCGCUUCCUGAAAUGCGAUGGAAAAAGAGUAACAAUUCGGUUGCUGUUAGUUUACCCAUUGAGCGGGUGGAUUAUGAAAAUUAUGGCAAGACGUUGGUCAUUCGAUAUGUUGACUUUGAGGAUGAAGGCCAAUAUGAGUGUGAAGCCAGUAAUGGAGUAGGAGUUGCUAAGUCUUAUUCCAUGAAUGUUAAAGUUGAAGCCAUUCCUUACUUUGAAAGAGAACCAGAGGUAGAAAAUAAAGCCGAAGGUGAGACUGCUGUGUUCUAUUGUGAAGCUGGUGGACGACCUCCACCAAAGCAGACAUGGAUAUACAAUGGUAUGCCCAUCACAUCCGCCCCAAAAAAUCCCCGUCGAAUUGUGGAACCAAACAAAAUCACUAUUUAUAACUUAACCAAAGAAGAUACUGGAAAUUAUGGCUGCAACGCUACAAAUGAUCACGGCUAUGUCUACAAAGAUGUCUAUGUCAACGUUCUGGCAUUGCCUCCUGAGAUUCGUGUUCCUCCAAGUGACGUGAGCUCUGUUGAUGGGAAAGAGGUCAACAUGACGUGCCGUGUCUUUGGAGCACCAAAGCCCCGAAUCACUUGGAUCAGGGAUGGUCAUGAGCUAACAGGUGGUCGUUACCUAGUAACUGAUGUUGGAGACCUUGUCAUUAAAGAUGUAACCUUUACUGAUGCUGGCAAUUAUAUUUGCUUUGCUGAGAAUAAGUUUGGCAAACAGGAAGCUGAAGGCUCGUUGGUUGUCAAAAAGCGCACGGAGAUCACUGACAAACCAGAAGAUUAUGAAGUUGCAGCUGGACAAACAGCCACAUUUAGGUGCAAUGCAGUUACGGAUAGUGAUUUAGAGCUGAGCAUCGAGUGGUUGACUGAUGGUAAAAAUAUUGAUUUUGAGCAAGAACCUCGUUUUGUACAACAGUCCGAUUCUUCUUUAAGUAUUACCAAGACCACCGAACUUGAUUCUGGAGUUUACACAUGUGUUGCUUCAACAGAGCUGGAUGAAGUUACUGCCUCAGCUACACUUAUUGUCCAAGAUGUCCCCAACCCACCAGUGCUGUUACCAGUUGCUUGUAAUGACCGGGAUGCAAGUGUUGAGUGGCAGCCCAUGGGUGAUAAUAGAGCUCCUAUUUUGGGCUACAUUAUCCAGUUUAAUACUAGUUUCACACCAGAUACCUGGGAAAAUGCAUUUGAUUCUGUUCCUGCUACAAGUACACAAUUCAAUAUCAAUUUGAGCCCCUGGGCUAAUUAUACCUUUAGAGUCAUUGCUCGAAACAAGAUUGGGCCAUCCUUACCAUCAGAUCACUCAGCAAUGUGCACAACUCCUCAAGAUGUUCCUUACAAAAAUCCAGAUGGCGUAGAGGGCAAGGGUUCAACUCCUCAAAACUUGGUUAUAAAGUGGUCGCCCAUGCCAGAAAUUGAUCAUAACGGUCCUGGUUUCAAGUAUAGAGUUUAUUAUAAACGUGGAGACAUAGAUAAUGCACAAUGGCAGACCUAUGAAGUUACUGAUUGGGAGCAAGAUCAUUUUGUUGUACCCAACCAGCCCACAUUCAAACCUUACCGUAUUAAAGUGGAAGCCCACAAUGAAAAGGGACAGGCUCACGUUGCAGCUCCUGAAUAUGAGGGAUGGUCUGGAGAAGAUGUACCAAACGAAUCACCAACAAACUUGACAUUGGUGGAGCUAAGAGAUGCAACUACUGCUCUGCUGUCCUGGAAUCCUGUAUCACCCGAAUCUGUACGAGGACAUUUCAAAGGAUACAAGAUCCAAACUUGGACUGAAAAUGAGAGUGAGGAGAAGGCUCGUGACAUCAUUGUGGAAAACAACGAUGAACCAAGGGCUCUAGUUACUUCCUUUGUUCCCUUCACAAGGAACUUUGUCAGAGUGUUGGUAUUCAAUGGUGCUUAUGAUGGACCUCCAAGUGAGUCGCUGAGUUUCGUGACUCCGGAAGGAAAGCCUGGACCUGUAGACUCACUUGAUGCUAUACCAAUGGGGUCUUCAGCAUUCUUCUUAAUAUGGAAGAAGCCAAAGCAGCCUAAUGGUAUUCUGACUGGAUAUCAUAUUUACUAUCAAGAAGUUGAUGGAACAAACACUGGUAUUACUUCAGAGCGUGAUCCCCCAAUCAGAGAUCCUUUAGUUACAAGGGCUAAGUUGGCUUCCCUUCAGCCAGGAACAAAGUAUAGAAUUACCAUUCGUGCUGCAACUGAGAUGGGUCAAGGUUUUCCAUACUAUAUUGAACGCACAACUCGUUCUACUGGAGCCGAUCCUCCAGGCAAGCCAUCUUUCAUAUGGCAGCAUAUAAGCACCAAGACUGGAAUACCAGCAAUCAAGAUCACAUGGAUUCCCAACACUGAGACUAACCCAGGAUCACACUUUUAUGUCAAGUACAAGUUGUAUGGAGAAAGCAUGUUCCAGGAGACAAAGCCAGAGUUGUAUCAGGAUUUCACUGUUCUUGAAGGCUUAGAGGAAAACCAAACUUACCAGGUGUGUGUUGUUGCUGUGGAUGGAGAGUUUUCUACAGAAUCUGAUAUUGAAGAAAUUGACACCAGGACAUCAGUUGGGUCUGCCAUAUAUAAGGGGCCAACCAACAGCAUUGCCACUCGAGGAUGGUUUAUUGGAAUGAUGCUAGCCAUUGCAUUCUUGUUGCUGAUCCUCAUCAUUGUAUGUAUUGUCAAGCGCAACCGCGGUGGCAAGUAUGCUGUCCAUGAACGGGAAGCUGCACAUGGCCGUACCGAUUUUAAUGAGGAACAGGGAUUCCCUGAGUUUGCUCAGCCUCUUGAUGGUGCAAAGCGUGAUAGCUUGGGAAGUGAUGUUAAAAACCCAAUUGAAUCAGAUACAGACUCUAUGGCUGAGUAUGGUGAUGGUGAUACAGGAAGGUUCACAGAAGAUGGCUCAUUUAUUGGCCAAUAUGGAGGUGCAACUGGAAAGAGGAAGCCAACUGCAGAGGACAAGUCUCCAUCAGCUGUUGCCACAUUUGUUUAAAACCUGUCGGCAACUUUGCUUGUCUCUGAGCAGCCUAUCCGUGCCCAUAAUUUAGACUUACUGCUUAUGAUUGUCCAUUUGGCAUAUUACUAAUUGAAAUUUUGUGUAUAGAAAAGGGAAUUUAUUUGAAUGAUCAUGUAGUGCGUGAUUUCCUCAUGAUAAGCAGGUAUGGCGAUAAUGAUAGAGUUUAACCAAGCAUGGUUAUGGUGAUGCUUGCAGAGAUGGAAAAGGGUUAAUAUAUCUUGAAGUGAUAGUAGACUGAAGAAAACAAUGCUAUGAUGUCUCUUUGCAUUGAGUAAAUUAUGAAAGAAUAGAUUCAUUUAGACUUGGGGGGCUUUUUCCAGAGAGAAGACUUCAGUGAUAUAGUGUAUUAACCAAUCAGUGAAAUUUAAGCUAAGCGACACUUAUAAAGAAACUGGACCAUCCAAGUUCCUUAGUGAUACAAGUUUUCCUUGAAUAUCCCCCCCUUUAGACUAGUGUAUGUAUGUGGCCUUUGCUAAAGGCUUAAGAGAUUUUUCUAAAUCAUACUGUAUACAUGUGAAUUAAGAAUGUUUUAAUUUUUUUUAUUUAUUUUUAUUGGGGAAUUACUGUGAAAUUAGGUUUUGUUAAUAUUUCUAGGUAUCUUGUGCCAAAAUGGCCACAGAAAGGACAGUUUUGCAAUUCAGUUCUUAUAUAUUUUGAAAUUGUGAAUAUAGCUGUACUAUAUACAAUUAACCAAUAAUUUUUUUAAAUGCGUGGAGGUCCAAAGAAGUGUUUCAGUGGUUCUUGUGAUUGAGACAGAGACUCUUUUAACAUACAGUGAACCAUCUGCACACCCUUUGUGCUGAUCAAAGUGUAAAUUGAAGAAUCUCAUUACCUGGGAAUGCCCAGUAAAUUUUCCCUCACAGUUUAGAGCAUUGUUGCAGAUUAUAUAUAGUUAACACUAAAAAAAAGAAGUGUUCCUGUCAAGGAGAAUUUAAAGUAAACAUUUCUAUAUAGUAAACAUUUCUAUAUAGCCUUCUGGCUUUGAUGUAAGUGUUGCAAUUAAGAUGUAAAUGUGCCUAUUGUCAGCUUCUGAAUCACAAUCAAGCAUUGCUCGUGUUUCUUUCCAGAUGCUGUAACUGGGACUGAAUGACUUAAAUUUCUGUAAUGUAAAUGGAAAAUUCCCUGGUACUUUUGUACACAGACCUUUAUUCCAUUGAAUGCUAAUGCCACAUACGAAAUCAUUCUUUGUCCCUGAAAAUGCUGAUGUGAAACAUUGGUGUGAAUCUCAUCUUAAGGAAAUUUUAUGUUUGUCACGCAAAAUUAAUAUGAAUUGAUUGUACUGUAUAGGUUAAUCUCACAACAGAUGCACAAACAUUAUUGGAUUGGGCAAAGCCAUGUGAGGCUUGUACAGGAUAUAUUGAUUGAGCUGCCCAGGUUAUACAGUAAUAUAUUUAAUGCUGAUUAUCAUUUUUUUAUUUUAGCACAUGUAAAACAUAGAUGCUCAUAAAAUAGAUUCUUUGACAGGUUGUAAUUUGGAAUGAUUGCUUGUUCAGGAAUAUACAAGGACUACAGUAUAUAGACAUCAGAUGUGAUAUGGUUUAGGUUAAGUAGUAAGUGGAUUUGUGUAUUUUGUGGUUGAAUAAUGCAUGACUGGUGAUUUAAAAAACUGUCAUCCAAUGUUAAUUUCACUGUAAGACAUUAAUACAAAAUUAAUGCAUGUGAAUACAAAUUUGUUUGUCUACUUGACAAACCAAAAGUAGUGGAAUUCAAAGUAUGAAUCCUUGGAUAAAAGGAUAUCUUUACAAAUUUCAGCAAGUUGAUAAGCUUCAAGCAGAAAUUUUAAUUAAGUUUUAACAUUUGUAACCGAAAUGUUAAAUUUUAAUUGGUGUAACUAAUUUUUUUUUGUUUUUACUUUUGAGCUAUUAUGAUUACCUAACAUGUAUAAAAGGGAUUAAAGACAAGUGAUUAUAUUUAUAAUAUAGCAGUGCUGUGUUUGACAUUUAACAUGAGCAAAUAUUAAGGACAUUACAAGAUGUGUAUUUAGUUGUCUAGCUUGCUAGGAUUCUUCUUUCAGACAGUUGAUCAGUUUUGUGCAUUAUUUUUUAAAGAAUGCAUUUUACCAUGUUAGGUUGACUUGGAAUACUUCAACAGUAAAGGAGUGAUUGAUGCCUUAUUCAGCCAUGAAAUGUUCUAGUCCAUUCAUUAUUUAUCUUUCCUGUCAUAUCAGAUUGAUGUUAUCAGACUGACAUAAAACCCAGUUUCAAUUCUGAACUUGUGGGUAGUGAAUAAUUUUAUUCCCUGUUUAUCAUUUAAGCUGUCAUCAUGUUGGCAUCAGUGUCAAGGAAAACCAGAGAUUUGCCAAUGUUGUAUUAAUGUUUGUUAUUUUUAUACAAGUGAUAUUUUGUAUUUUUCUUUGUAAGUGCUGAUUUUUUUAUUGUGUGACAGUUAAGUUCAUUAUUUAAUCCAUAUGAUAUAUGGCAGUGAAAUAAAAUGUAGGUUGUGAGCAAAAAUAUUAAUCUUGUGGCAUUGUGGGCAUAGUUCCCUACACAAGGUAGUUAAUGUCCAUUUAGAAUUUGAGGAAGUGCCUGAUUUUAUUAUGGUAUAUUAUGUAGAGUUCAGAAAAAUUUCACUAGUUCAGAAAUAAUUUUGAAUUUCCUUUCAGCAAAACUGUUUUAAUUUGGCUUACUGAAAUCAUCAUCAUUGCACUUUAUAUACAUAGCUACCUAUGUAUACCUUAUAUGUAGGUGGUUCUUUCCAUUUGAAGUAUUGUAAAUGUUCAACAUAGUAAUGAAAAAGGUAGGAAGUUGUAUGAAUGCCAGAUUAAAUGUGGCUGCUGCUGUCUAAAAAAGAUGGAUGGAGUGUGUAAUUGCCUUCUGCAUUUGUGUGAUAUUCAUCAUGGAUUAUAAGACUCCUCAGUUUUCCUGAAUACUGCAGUGAAAGAGAAAAAUUCAUUAAGAUGGAAUUAGAGCCUUGGCAGUGGGUCGUAAUCUGUGAGUUCAUCAUACAUUGUAAAACAAAAAAGUUACAGUGAUGGAUAACACCAGUACAGUUCAAUUUGAAAUGUCAUGAAUUCAUAUGCUUUGUCAAAAACUAAUUUGAUGAAACAAUACCCAUCACUUAACUUUUCUUAUGUUUACAAUACUGCUGUAAUUAGGAUCGUCUUACAUUAUCAUCAUCUAACUUGCAGAUAUGUCAAGCUUGUGGAUGGAAGUAAAAUAAAGUAAAUGAUUAAA